AAGCAGCUGCAGUGACCACCUGCGUCAGGCGCGUUCACGACGCGCGGGUGCGUGACCGCCACACAUGCGCAGCCGUAUCUUUUCCACAAGGCCACUAUCAAUCGAUCAGAGAGUAGAAGAUGGCGGCGGAUCGAGUCUGAGGGGAGAGAUCGAUCACCGAACCACUCGAUCGACCGAGGCCAACGUACACCCAAAAUAUUGACGAAAGGAUACCCCGAAGCGUGAAGGGGAGUCGAAGGAUUUUUUGGCCUGGCUAUAACAGUGAUUGGCCCCAGCAGGAAUGGAUUUCCCUUGGCACAGUGGAAAGGUCCUGGAGCAGUUUGACCAGCAGAGGCAGAUGGGGCUGCUGUGUGACUGCACCUUUGUGGUGGACGGCGUGGACUUCAAAGCACACAAAGCCCUGCUGGCAGCCUGCAGCUUGUAUUUCCGCAUGCUGUUUGUUGAGCAGAAAGAUGUCGUGCACCUGGACAUCAGCAACGCGGCAGGUCUUGGACAAGUAUUGGAAUUCAUGUACACUGCGAAGCUCAACCUGACCAAUCAGAACGUAGACGAUGUGUUAGCAGUCGCUGGCUUCCUCCAGAUGCAAGAGAUUGUCAACGCCUGCACUGCCUAUAAAACCCUGACUGGACCACUGCAGGUCACCAUAGAGCCAUCUUACACUGACAGUUCUGAGAAGAUGGAAGAGUUAACAAAAAGCAGCAGCAGCCCUCUUUCAGUGAAACCGGAGGACGAAGCCCCACCACCGUCAGAGGAGAACCUGGGUGGGACCGUGCAGGAGAGUGAUGUAGAACAGCCAGCAGAGGGUGAUGAACCUCCCAAAGCAGAGACAAUGGAAGAACCCACAGGAUCAACAGACCAACCAAUGACGGGGCCUGCGGUUGAACUAUCCGCAGUCGAAGAAUCGCAAGAGUCUGCUACCCAAUCGGGAGCAGAGCCUGAGGGAUCUGCUGCCCGGGCAAUAACAGUCACAAAACUAGCAACUGAGCCAGAGGCAUUGCCUGAAGGAGCCCAGCCAAUAGCAGAGCCAAAAGCACCCGCAGCGCAGCCAAUAGAGGAGUCGGCUGGGGUGACAGCAGACCUGGUAGAAGAGGCUCAGGGUGGGAUGGAGGUUCAGGGAGAGAAGACUGGGGAGGACAAGUUGGGCGCUGGCUUUGAAGACGAUGAAGACGAUCCUAAUUACAGACCAGAUGUGCCAUUGAACGAUCCAGUUGAACAGACGACUUACAUGAUGAGCCGACAGAAGAGAAGAAAGCUAGUGACCAAGCGGGCUGAGCAGGCGGGUACAGAUGAACAAGUCCCUUGUGCUUGUGUCUCAGAACUGGAGGAGGGGGAGGUGAGGCUGUCCAAGGAGGAGGGGGAGAUAGAGGAGGAAGACGAGGAGGAAGAUGAGGAUGAGAUGGAGGAAGAGGAGGAUGAGGAGGAGGCAGAGGACGGACAGAUGGACCAUGACAGUGGAUCAGAUGGCAGGCAGCUGCGCUCGGGCGCCCACAACGACCGCAGUGAGUCUCGGGCGUACGGCUCCGUGUUACACAAGUGCGAGGAGUGUGGGAAGUCUUUCACACACACAGGGAACUUCAAGAGGCACAUCCGCAUUCACACGGGAGAGAAACCUUUCACCUGCCGAGACUGCAGCAAGGCCUUCUCCGACCCGGCUGCCUGCAAGGCACACGAGAAGACACACAGCCCCCUGAAGCCCUACAGCUGUGAGGAGUGUGGGAAGAGCUACCGUCUGAUCAGCCUGCUGAACCUGCACCGCAAGAGGCACACGGGCGAGGCGCGCUACAGCUGCGACGAGUGUGGCAAGCUCUUCACCACCUCGGGCAACCUCAAGAGGCACCAGCUCGUGCACAGCGGAGAGAAGCCCUACCACUGCGACUACUGUGAGCGCUCCUUCUCAGACCCCACCGCCAAGAUGAGGCACCUGGAGACACACGACACAGACAAGGGGCACAGGUGCCAGCACUGCGACAAGCGCUUUAACCAGAUCGGUAACCUGAAGGCCCACCUGAAAAUCCACAUUGCAGACGGGCCCCUCAAGUGUAAGGAGUGUGGGAAGCAGUUCACAACCUCGGGCAACCUGAAGAGACACCUGCGAGUGCACAGUGGGGAGAAGCCCUAUGUGUGUAUGCACUGCCAGCGCGCCUUCGCUGACCCUGGGGCUCUGCAGCGCCACGUCCGCAUUCACACUGGAGAGAAGCCUUGCCGCUGUAUGGUCUGUGGAAAGGGCUUCACUCAGGCCAGCUCCCUGAUUGCUCAUGUUCGCCAGCACACUGGAGAGAAACCGUACGUCUGUGAUCGCUGUGGAAAGAGGUUUGUCCAGUCCAGCCAGCUGGCCAAUCACAUCCGCCACCACGAUAACAUCCGGCCUCACAGGUGCAACGUGUGCAACAAGGCCUUUGUGAAUGUAGGGGACCUGUCUAAGCACAUCAUCAUACACACAGGUGAGAAGCCGUACCUGUGUGACAAGUGCGGUCGCGGGUUCAACCGCGUGGACAACCUGCGCUCCCACGUCAAGACGGUGCACCAGGGCCAGGCCGGCAUGAAGAAGCUGGUCACCAAGUCACACGAAGACCUGGAAGAAGACGAGGUCAGCAUCGUCACCGUGACAACAGACGAGAUCGUAACCCUGGCGACCGAGGCUCUGGCUGCUAGCGCAGUGGCGCAGCUCACAGUGGUUCCUGUGGCGACGGCAGUGACAGCUGAUGAGACAGAGGCACUAAAGGCUGAGAUCACCAAGGCAGUGGAGAAGGUGCAGGAAGCAGACCCGAACACCCAGAUCCUGUACGCCUGUGACUCUUGCGGGGACAAGUUCCUGGAUGCCAGCAGCCUGGCCCAGCACGUGCGCAUCCACACCGCCCAGGCGCUUGUCAUGUUCCAGGCCGACUCCGAUUUCUACCAGCAGUACGGGGGCACCGCAUCCUGGCAGACCACUGAGCAGGUCAUUCAGACGGGGGAGCUGCUGUUCCGCGCCAGGGACGGGGAUGGGGAUGGAGAUGGAGAGGAGCUGCAGACCAGCGAGGGGGAGCCUGUCGAGAUGGAGUGCACCAGCCAGCCUGCAGAGUGAGAGAGAGUGUGGGCCCAGGCAAUCAGAGUGCACUGAGCUAUAGUAAAGGCUGGUUUCACAGACUCCCAUUUAGAAUUGGAAUACCUUCCGUAAUGUUGCAUUAGGUAGUUCUGGACUAGUGCUAAUCGGGGUCUGGAAACCAGCCAUAUAUAUCUCAUCUCAAUAACAGAUCCAGUUCACAAAGCUUGUUUUGAGAUUAAAUGAAUUUUGAUAUGCAUUCAGCUGUUAAGCCGAGAACAGUCUUAUGUAUAUCAAACUAUAUUCUUAAAAAACGACAUUGAAAAAACAAAAGCUUUGUAAGUCCUUAAAGCUUUGUAAAUAUUGUGCUACAAUGUGUGAUUUCCCUCUAAAUUUGUAAUGGUGCAAAGCAAGAAAUAUUUUUUCAACAGCUGGUUUCUCAUUUAAAACAGCAUUUGCCACAUCAGUUGUUCUGUGUACAAAAUUAUAUGACAGUGUAUUUAAAAAAUAAAGGAGGAUCAGGUUUAAACUAAAAUCUUUUAAAUCAAAAUUGGUAAUGGAACUGCUGAAAGUAGAUGAGGUGACACCUCAAAUCAUGAAUAUGUUUUCAACAUUUCCUUUUUUAACUUAAAAAAUCAAAAAAGUAUCUGCUGUGGUAUUUAUUUCCCUAUGCAUAGUAUCUGUGAAUGUUCAUAAAAUGUAAACAAACAUUUACAUGUAUCAAUAGUUAUAAUAUUUAGUGCUAAGGUUAUGAUUUAGGGCUUCGAGAUCUUAGUUUUAAGAUGAGACUGCAGCAGAACUUUGCAUCCUGAAAUGCUUGACUUGUGCACUUAUAUUGAGCAUAAUCAUUAAAACCGAAUGGUGAAAAUGUCUUUUUAUAGUUGAUUGCUUUGUGUUUGCUAAAGGAGAGGUGCCCCCCUCCCUCCUGCUGUGUAUAAACUGGGAUUGUUCAUGCUCUGAGUGUACACUUUCUUGUUUCAAUGUAAAAAAUGUAUUUUAAUUCAGUAUUUGUUAACUUUAUCCCUAUCCUGCCCUAGAAUACAGCCACACCUGAAGUUACAAUUUGAGUAUCUCUCAAGGUGCCCAAAACAUUUUACGGUAUAUCUACGCUCAUCUUUGUUUGAGUAUUUUUAUUUCUCAGUUGAUUGGGUAGACAUUUUUAUCCUGAAGGGCAACACUGUAUGCUAUCCCUAAAGAAAUGGUGAAUGCUUUUUCAAAGUCAGAUGGUCUGAUCCCCAGAAUACUCAGAUCAGCCCCUCAUCGUUGUGUACAGCUUUUGCAUUAUCCUGAGGCAUUUCAACCAUUUGAAGUACUUUACAAUGGAAUGGUAUCCCUUAGUCUGACUUGGUGCACUGUGUUAAUGGCAUCAUGGAGUUCUGUGUGACCAAUUCUUGCUCUUUUCUUUUGGUCUGUUUGUCUAACCAGUGUUGCUUGGCAACAUAAGGCUCUGGGUUUGCAGUCAACACCCAUUCUCUCUCAAAAAGAAUAUGUCUCUACCACAGCCAGCUGCUCCAAAUUGGAACGUAGGCAGGUGUUUUAAUACUUCACGUGAGAUGGAUCCAUACAGAUCAAACUGUUCUCUAGCUGCGGCUAGGUGGAGGUGUGGGAAACUCGAGUUUAACUGGGGCUGGGUGCUUUUCCUUCUGUUGAACCUGCCAGCCAGUGUAAGUAGAAGAUGAAGUAUCCCAUUUACUUUAAAGUAACCAGACCUGCCUGGGAGCCUUCAGACAUCAAUGCAGAGAAGCCUAAUGCUACAGGCAUCUAACUACUUUUCUAUAGGGAUAUAUACUGCAGGAACUCUACCAACAGAUAGAUAAAUAAAAUCUGCUUUUUCUCACAA